AUGUCUUUAACAUCGAAAUCUUCUGUUUCAUCCCAAGACACUACCCGAUCGAUUAUUGUCACAAAAGUUUCAUUGGGUUUAGAUGAAGAUACUAUUCUUCGAAGCUUGGGACAUAAUUAUGUAAGUAUUGAUAAAGUUUCUCGACGUUAUGCUCGAGAUGGGCAACCGAUUGGUAGCAUUCAAGUUGAUUUCAAAUCAGACCAACAAUCUAUGAAGAUUAUUGAGCAGGGUUAUAUUCUCAUCGAUGGUAAACAGUAUCCCGCCCGUGGAUUUUGGCCACUUAUUUGCCAUCGAUGUCAACAAGAAGGACACUAUGCUUCUAAUUGCCCAAAAAAUCCGUUGACAGAAGAGCGUUUUAAUGAGUUAAUCAAAAUGCAACAAGAGCAAUUUGCUGGUAUGAUGAAUAGCUUUGAAGCAAAAUGGAAUGCACGUUUAUCAAACUUGAAAACUUCGUCGGCAAACAGUAACAUGGAAAAACUAGUACCAAUUUUUAAAGAUCUCAAUACUGUUUGUCAACAAUUUUUUCAACAGAAUGGACAAAUGCAACAACAACUUGGUUCGAUGGCCAGCCGAGUACAAGGUGUACAAACUAAGUCAAAUAAUCAAUAG